GCUGCCUCGCGGCUCCGCGUCUCUUAGCAACGCGGAGCGGACGCGGCCCCCGGCGGCUGAAGCGCGGCCGGGCUGCAGCAGCGGGCCGGGGUCGGCGGCGCCAUCAUGGCCUCCAAGCAAAGCAAGAAGAAGGAGCUGCUCACUCGCAACAACUCUGCGCACAUCAGCGCCCCCGCCAAAGAGCCAGCUGCUGUGUUACCCAGUGUGGGUUUUGCUAGUGAAUCGAAGAAAGGGAAAUUUCCCAUUUGGCCAGAAUGGAACGAAGCAGAUAUCAAUGCAGAAAAGUGGGAUACAGGAAAAGUUGGAAAAGAGAAAGAUAAAGCUGGAAAGAGUCCUGUUUUACAUGUCUUUGAGGACCCUGAAGGGAAGAUUGAAUUGCCACCUUCCUUAAAAGUGAAUUCCUGGAAACGUCCACAUGAAUUUUUAACUAAUAAGGUUCCUGUAGUGGUGAAAAAUGAAAACUGGUUUGACCUUUUUUCAGCAAAUGAACACUUACUUGGUAGUGAGCUGAUGAGAUGGAUAAUAAGUGAAAUUUGUGCAGUCUGGAGGAUAUAUAAUGUGAAUGUUUUAACUAAUGAGGGUAAAACCAACACCAAUGAAACACCUCUAUUCUCUUGGAAGCCAUGGGAGCAUAUAUAUGCCUUAUGCAAAGCUAUUAAGGGACACAUGCCACUGUAUAAUAGCUAUGGAAAAUAUGUGGUGAAACUUUACUGGAUGGGAUGCUGGCGAAAGAUCAUUGUGGAUGAUACUAUGCCUUUCAAUGAAGAGAAUAAUUUGUUGCUUCCAUCUACAACCUGUCAAACUGAACUUUGGCCACUGUUGCUGACCAAAGCAAUCAUUAAGCUGGCAAACACUGAUAUACAUGAAGUUGGAAAACGAGAGCUGGAGGAAUUCACAAUUCUCCAUGCACUUACUGGAUGGAUACCAGAAGUUAUUCCUCUCCAGCCUGGAUAUUUGGAUAAAGUUUGGAUCUUUUUAAAAGACAUAGUGCCAGAAUUUAAGCUACCAAAUGAGACAACUCCUGAACUGAAAAAUCCUCCUUCAGAUAUGAAGGCUAAAGAGACGAAAGGGCCUGAGUUAAAAAAUGAAAUUCCAGUUGCCAGUAAGCAAGCGGAGAAGGCUGAGAAAAUUGGCAGAGAUAAGCUGGAACAAAGAGAAAUUGGAAAGAAGAAAAGUAGAGAUGGUGAAAAAGAAAAAAACAAGUCAGCACCUCAUUCUGCACGAAUUGCUACAGACAUUCAGAGUUCCCUUCAGUCCUUUACUGAGAGCUCUCCAGUGCCGACAGUGCCACAAAUGGUGGUGUGUGCUAGCUAUGUACCUCUCCAUUUGUCUGAAGAGAAGAUCUUUGUUUUGGGGCAAAUGGCUGAUUCUUCUGAGAAGUUGAGGCAGUAUGGACUUUCCCACAUAUAUAGCCAUCCUGUGCUGGUGACUAGGACUAGGUCCUGUCCUCUAAUAGCUCCACCAAAGCCACCACCAAUUCCUCGAUGGAAACUGAUCCGCCCGAAAAAAGAAACUAUUGUGACAGAUGAAGCUCAAGAACCUAUAAUAAAGAAACCUGAACAGUAUAUUGAGAUUGCUAGCCCAUUUCUGAAUUAUAGAGUCACUCCUAUUGCAAUACCCACAAAUAUCCAUUUUCCACCAUCUACCAUCAAAAGAGGAUGUAGUCUUGCAUCCACCCUCCCUUCUGUCAUUGAAAAUGAUGAAAAUGUAAAUGACAUUUAUUUGGAUGUGAAUCAAAAUAUGAGAUUCUUGAGUGCAGAAGAUAAUUCUCAGGAGACUUCCCUCAUUCAACAGCAUAACACAGAAGGCCCCACUAAAGAUGAAUUAAUUGAAAAUAUAAGUUGUGAUGUGGCUCAGACAUCAGAAACAGUUGACCCUAGUAUAUACAGCCAGACGGCAGAUAAAUUACCGGAAGAAAUUGAGUCAGAACGGAAUCCUGUUUCCAGGGAAACAUGGUUUGAUUUUGAAGACUUCUCUACUUGUUUUCAGAACCUGCAUAUUUUCCACAAAACAAAUACAUAUGCUUAUAAUUAUCAGAAAUCCGAUUUUAAGUUUACAGAUGAUCGAGUCUUCUAUUAUUUAUUUGUGGACAGUUUGAAGCCUAUUGAAAUCCUAGUUAGUUUUUCUGCAUUAGUACGCUGGGGAGAUUCUGGAGUGACACAAAAAGAAGGUUCUGGUGUACCACAGGGCAUGCUUACUGUUGAAAGUUUCUCUUGGAAAAGUGUGACUACUGGGCAACUUGUGCUAAAGAUACAUACGUAUGCAACCAAAGCUGCUAUGCUAAGCCUUCCCCCAGGGCGACAUGUGUUAAUCUUCACUGCAAGUUCCCCCAUAGGGCACCAUAUCCAUCUGUGUAGCAUGGUGCCAUGUGUGUUUGGUGAAGAGGAUACUGUUAUGCCAAAUCUUGACAAGGAGAGCUACCGGUUUAUAGAACAGGCUACAGUUAUCCUGAAAGCUAUUGGAAAUGUGAUUAAUAAUUUCAGCAGUGAGCCUGAACUUUCCAAGGCCCUGAAGGAGCUGGAACUAACUCACUUCCCUCACAGCCUCCAUGGUACAGGAAUAGCUAGAGAACACUUCAAGGUUUUCAAUAAUGCUUUUGGGCAUUUGAUCCAACAAGUAUUAGGUAAUAAGGUUCCUUCCAAUUUUAAAUUCGCUUUCAGAUCCUUCACUUUGGAUUUGAAAGCCAACGAUGCUCCCAUGGAAGACAAUGUAUCUUCAGAGGUGAUAGAGCUAAAUAUUCCUGUGGCUUGGCAGAACAGAACUCCAACUUCUGAAGAAGAAUCUGCAGUGCUUAAACUGCAAAGCAAUUGGAGAGGGACCUAUGUUAGGCAAUUGAUAAAUGGCAGAAAACCAGGUACUAAGGAGAAUGCUCAUGUCAAAGAAACUCUGCAAAAACUAUGGACUUUGAUUGAAUCAAAUAUUGAACAGUGUGGUGUAACUCUACUGAGAGAAAUGUUUAAAAGCAACUGUAAGUUGAUCAAAAAAUACCCCUGCUAUGAGGAUGAAUGGGCUAAAACAACUUUUGCUGAUUAUGCUGUAACGUAUUUUGAUCAGCCACCAAAUUUUUGGUUUGUGGUUUUUAGGGAAACAUUUCAUGUGACAGAAGAUAUGCUUGUAGUACCAAAGGUAUACACAACCAUCCCUACCUGUAUGCUCCAUGUUGUAGAUAACGACACACUGGAAGAAAUGCCACGCAUCUUUCUCAAAGUGGCGCCUCAUGUUUAUACCAAGAAUAAGAAAGGAUACACGUUCAUGGCUGAAGCACUUACUGGUGACUUACCUGUGGCAGCUGGGAAAUGGAGACUACGUCUCAUUGGUUCCCAUAAUCCACUCCCCGUUCUCUCUCGUGAUGCUGUAAAUAAUUUCUAUUCCACUAAGGAAAUUAAAGACUAUUAUAUACCCAAUGACAAGCACAUUGUAUUCAGGUAUGCAGUAAAAGUCACAGCAUCACAUAUUGCUACAGUGCAGGUACAAACCUCUAAAUCAGAUGUGUUCAUUAAAUUGCAAGUCCUGGAUAGUGAGGAGGAAAUUGUGAGCACUGUUGGAAAGGGCCAUGCUGUCAUCCCUGCAUUUAAUUUCUUAUGUACUGAAAGGCCUUUAAGUUCUCAGUCAAGCAAAGGUCAGAUUAGCCAAAGCAGCACAAAGAAGGACCCAGAAACUGGAGGGACCAAAAGAAAAGGAGCUUUAGCAUCCCAGAAAGGCAUCAAAUCUCAUAGGCCAGGAAGUGCACUAGAAGGCCAAGCUGUAAUAGAAGAAGAGACUGCCAUCCUCCCAGCCCUUGAAAAGAAUGCUGUAGAUCCACAACCGACUCACAAGUACACUAUACAAGCACUGGUGUUGUAUAACAGUUGGCCACUUACCGAGAGUCAGUUGGCAUUUGUUCAGGCACUGAAAGAAAUGGAGAAAAAUGAAAUCAAAGCACAUGGUGAGAAACAUGAUGAAUCCAUUCCGGCAGUAAACCAGGAUGCUUAUAGCAAUUUUGAAGGGGCAAAAUCUGCAAGCACUCCUAAAACAACUAGAAAAACAAAAGAUAAAGCAACUGAGAAGGCAGAAAAAGAAAAGUCCAGUAAAGAUAAAACAGCAUCUAGACCAGAAUCUCAGCAAUCUGAUCCGAACAAACCUUACUGGAUCUUGCGUCUCGUCAUUGAACAGAGUGAGGCAGAGGUGCUGGAACUGAAGAAAGACACAGAGAGAGCAGAUGAGAUCAAAGCCAUGAAACAAGCAUGGGAGUCUGCAGAACCAGGAAGAGCUGUCAAGGCUUUUCAGGAACGUAUGCACUUUGUUAAUAAGUGCACACAGAAGCCCACAGAGCCCACAGCUGAGCCUGAAAGUGUCAGUGUUGCACUGGAUCCAGGGGAAGGAGAUGCAGUUUCUCCUGCGCCUGAAAUAACAGCAUCACCAGCAGGCACUGACACAAGCACACAAGCUCAGCAAAAGGAAUGGGAACCUCUAGACCUAACCCCCUACAUUAGAAAAACAGUGCCUGAGCCUGUGCUAAGAAAUGAGUCUAUCAUUCAACAGCAGGAGCUGCGUAAAGCAGAAGAAAUAAAUCAUUUUAGGGAGCUUCGGCAGCUGGUUCUGGAACAAAGAGAAAAAGACCAAAAUGCUCGCACAUUAUUGAAGCAAAAUAUGCUUGAAAUGUAUGAGCAUCUACAAGCAUCCUUAGAUGAAGCACGAGGCAAGGUUCUCAGCGCUCGGGAAGCAUACAGAAGUAAGCUACUAGAGGCUGAACUCAAAAAACAAGAAGCACUAGCCGCUGAAGAAGCAGCCAUUCGAGCAGAGCAAGAGAAGAAAAGUCCAGAUGCACAGAAAAAAAAGCAAGGAAAAGGUGCAGGGAAAAAAAAGUAACUGCCUGAAAAGUUAACUCUACCCAUUGUUUAAGAAAGAGAAUUUAUUUUUAAUGAUGAAAAGAAUUAUUCAGCAUUUUUCUAAGUCGAUGUUUUGUUACCCAGAAAAUGCAGUUUUUUCUCUUUUCCAGGUAUUAUUCCAAAAUCCAUCUAGUAUUUCUUUCUUUUUAACAUGAAAAGUUUGUGGUUUUCAUAUGAUAAAUGAUAAUCACUACCAUUACAGUUUAUCUGUUUUAACUGAAAUAAAAUUUUGCACUAAAAAUAUUCAUAUUAUAUCAGACUUGUUCUCCCAGUACCACGAGUCUGUCCCCCUAUUUUUCAAUUAAAAAAACCAGUCAACAAGAAGGCAAUAACGUCGCUGAAAGGAUUGGAUCAAAAAGAAAAGAGGUAUUAUUUUUAAUAGGGCACGAGGAAUCAAGAAAAGUCGCUUACCCUCAUGUGGAAAUUUCUCUAGCAUUCCAAAAGGUUUACAGAUGUCCAGUUUCAAGACUGUACCUAGGACCAGUUUCUUCGAUGGGCUUAUACUCUUGACUUCACCCGGGUCAAACUAAGGAUGAAUUUGGGCUCUUAGAUUCUGUGUCACUGAAUUUUGCAGAAACAUGAACUCUUUCAGUGGAUGAUGAGUUGUGUUAUGCAUACUAAUUAAGUAGUACUGCGCCAUUCUAUUUCAUAUGCAGAAUUCAAAAUGUUUAGAAAAGACAUUCAUACUAGACAUCUCCAAGCUAUUUGGCUACUACAGCUUUUUUUUUCUUCUUCACAUCUAGCUCCACCCUCACAAAUUCUUUCAAAUCCUAUGGGUAGCUCCCUAGGCUAGCCAACUGUGACCCUCAUGUCACACCAUUAAAAAGCUAGAUUUAUGGCUGUAUACUAAAAAUUGUGAGUUACUGGACCACAUUACUCUCUUCCCCUUUUUUCUUCCUGUCCAGGUCUCAUUUCAGUUUUUAUGUAGUAGUCUUUAUCUUUUGCAGGGGGCAGUGAGGCGGGGGCAUUUCAUGUUGAGGUCACUGCUCAGUGUAAUUCAGGUCCCAUGGCGCAGUGGCUGAUGGGCUUUCAUCCAAGGGUUCUCAGGACAAAUUAUUUGUUGGCCUCAGAGUGCAGCCACCAACUCUUGCUGGUGGCUGCUCUCAUCUUUUUCCCUAAAAUAUUUAAUUAACUUUAGGAAAAACAAAUAAAAAGGCCCAUACACACAUCCAAAUCAUGUAGUGUAUUUAUUGCUAGCUACUAAGUCUGUUGUGAAAAGUGAUUUUAACAAACAUACAUGUAUCACUUUUCAUAGCAGACUUACUCAGCCCCUGCAAGCCUGGGGACAAAUUAAGCCCUGGAUGGGGGGCUAGAGGGUGGGCAGCAGGGGGCUGGAGCCUGAACCCCCGCAUCUGAGGGAUGGAGCCCAAAGUCAUGUAACUGGAGCCUGCUGCCAUGCAGCCGAAGCCCAGGGCUGGCACCCAAAGCCCCACGACCAAAGCCUACUACCUGGCUACCACAGGGCUGAAGCCCAAAGCCUGAACCCCACUGCCUCUGAGAAGGUGGGGAACUCACUAGCUGCCAGCUCCUCCAGUGUUGUGCCCCAGGUGUCUCCAGAGGGGGGCGGGGCGCAACCCCUCUUGGGAGCCCCAGCAACCAACAGCAAGGGGUGCAUCCAGGAGCAACAGGAAGGGGGAGAGCCCCCCACCCCAACCUGUCACAACCCAGGAGGCUGUGGGCACAAGAAAAGCCCCUGGUGGCCACAUGCGGUCAUGGUGGCUGCAUUUGAGAACCACUGAUAGGCCAUGUUGACACUAGAGAGCUUAGUGACACAUCUGUACAGAUGCAGCUGUGCCACUGUAAGAUCUCUCAUGUAGUCAUCUCUGCUGAUGGGAGAGAGAUCUCCAGUUGACAUAAUUACUCCACCCCCAACGAGAGGUGUAUCUCCUGCCAACAUAAGUGCUGAUGUGGACAGUGCUAUGUUGGUGUAACUUAUGUCACUCAGGGGUGUGUUUUUUCACACCACUUCAGGACAUAAGUUAUACCUACAUAAGUCGUAGUGUAGACAUAACCUUAGAGCCCAUGGAGCCUUGAUUGGAUUUUAAAGCUGUUCCCCAUAGAUAGAACCACUAGGGGUGUGCAGUGAUAGUUACCUGGCCUUCUCCAUAAAGGGUGAAAGCACUUAUUAGAGCAGCUGCUUAUAUGGGUAUAGAAAAUCCUUCACUUUGGGAUAUAGUCAUCACAGAUAAAGAUAGAUGUAUCCAAUCCUUGUAGAAAGAACCCAUGUUCAAAACUCUUUUUAAAUUACAACAGCUAGAGCAAGUGGCUCGAAAACAUUCUGAGGUCACUCAGUCAUAUUUAGCCAUUUGAGCACCCAUUGCAGAAUAAAUCAUUCCUCCUUCAGCUAUUCAGGUCACCACCACUUUGAUCAACUCCUCACUAGUUGGUUUGAAUCCCUUUGUUAAAUUGAUUUAAGGGUGUAAUCUGUGGGAAGGACAUCUGUCAUUCCACCCCCCAUCCCCACCCCCACAGCACUAGCUGCACUGUUGUAUGUGUCACAUUUAAAAACUCUGUUUACUGUAAACACAGUUCUCAGCUGUAGCCAGAUGGAAUCCAAACAAAGUUUGUAUGCCAAUGUGGAACAAAUCAAAUUAAAAUUGUGGCUUUAAACUCAGUUGUUCUGACAGUAGAUGAUGCUAAAAGGUGACAUUUAUUUUGUAGUCUCUUUUCUCUUUCUUCCUCUUCCCAUUCUAGUAUGUUCUCACCCAUUCCCUUGCUGAUUGUUGGGCUUUCCAGCUUCCUUCUCAUCUUGAAACAUAUCAGCACCCUCCUCCACUCUUUCUGUGAUGUUCCCU